AUGAUCGGACUACAGUCCAGUAUGAUUCGAACCGCAGUUGACUGGCAGUACACUGCGGUGCGUGCAAAUGAUUCCAGUCUCAGUUCGGUAAACGGGACAUACUGGCCGAGAGGGAAAAUGCUUGGGGGAUCCAGUUCAAUCAACGGAAUGAUGUACGUUCGAGGAAACCAAGACGAUUACAACGAAUGGGAACGCUUGGGCAACCCUGGCUGGGGCUGGAAUGAUGUUUUGAAAUAUUUCAUCAAAUCCGAAGAUAAUCGUAGUCCGGAAGUUAUUGGUAGUUAUGGAGGAAAGUACCACGGUAUGGGCGGAUACUUGAGCGUAGAGCAUUAUGGUGAAAAGAAUGCUUACAGUGAAAUACUCCGACAAGCAACGAUAGAAGCAGGUUACAAACAGUUGUUAGAUCUAAAUGGAGAAGAACACAUUGGAUACGGAAGAGUUCAGCUGACAGCGGAAGGAGCAACGCGUGCUAGCACUGCCAAGGCCUUUCUAAGUUCUAUUCAAUAUCGUAAAAAUUUACACAUUAUCAAAAAUGCAUUUGCUGUAUCAUUGCAUUACGGAUCAGGCAAUGUAGUGCGUGGCGUUAAUAUGAUCGUUGAUAACCAAUACUCAUUAAGAGCAACUGCAUCGAAGGAAGUUAUUUUAUCCGCGGGUGCGAUAAACACUCCACAGUUGAUGAUGUUAUCUGGCAUUGGUAGGCGCGAGGAUUUAGCACCAUUCAAUAUUCCAAUACGAUCAGAAUUGGAUGUUGGAGGAAAUCUACAAGAUCAUAUAUUCAUACCUAUAUUCUUUGGUAUCGGAAAACGACUUUCCAACAUCACAAAAAUAAAGCGAGAGGUGUUACUAGAUUUAUUUGAUUUUACUCUUCGUGACCGGGACACGUUUAUCUAUCUCAACCGGUUCGAUGACAUAAUGGGAUUUGCAAAUACUGAAAAUAGUGGCGCAAAGUUCCCAAAUGUGCAAUUUGCUAACCAGUUCAUCCCCAGAAACGAUACGGAAGCUUUAGGGUAUUACACAGGAAUAGGAUACAAACAAAACAUUCUGGAUUCAAUUAGAAUUCAUAUUCAGAAGCAAGAUGUUGGUAUAGUUUGGGUCAUUUGCAUUGAUCCUAAAUCUCGCGGCCAAAUCCGGAUAAAAUCAGCCAAUCCAUACAAUCACCCAAAGAUCGAAACGGGUUACUUCAAGGACCCAAAAGAUCUGAACGUGCUUCGCGAGGGCAUCCGUAUGCAGCAGAACUUAUUCAACAUGCCAGUUUUCCAAAACUAUGAAACGAAUAUGUUGAAAAUAGCUAUCCCGGAGUGUGAUGUGUGGGAGUACAACUCGGACGAUUUCUGGGAAUGCUACAUACGGCAUAUGAGUACAACUAUCUACCAUGCAAGCGGCACCGCCAAAAUGGGACCAUGGAAUGAUCCGGGAGCGGUUGUUGACUCACAACUGAAGGUGUAUGGAAUCGAACGUUUGCGGGUUAUAGAUGCUAGUGUAAUGCCGACUGUAACUAGUGGAAAUACCAAUGCUCCUACCAUUAUGAUCGCUGAAAAGGGUUCGGACAUGAUUAAGAAUGCGUACCUCUGA